GGGGCUCAUCUCGACGGACGCCUGGCAGGAAGAGCCCCGCUCUGAUGGACGCCAGCUCCUGGCGCUGGGCGCCCAGGGCAGGCUGCAGUCGGGCCUCGAGCCCGGCGCCUUUGCUGGGUCUGGAAGGGACGGGUUCCUGAGCCUGCCCAGGUGAGCCGGCCAGGCGCUGUGGGCCCAGCACUCCCCCGCAUCGUCCUCCUGCCCACGCUGUCUCCCUCGGGGCGGGGCCGGGCGAUCCAGUGGCUGUCAGUAGGAGAGCAGACGCAGAGGCCCCGCGAGGUUAGGCCGGUCUUGGAAGGAAUCGCAGGAGGAGGAAGAGUUCUCUCGGGCAGAGGGGACUUCUGCCCCCUGGCUGGAGCCGCUCAGGGCAGCCCACUGCUUUCCGGAGAGACUAUGUCUUCCUGCACCCACCACACGGAUAAGGAGGAAGCUUCCUGCACCCCCACUCCCACCCCCCGGGCCGCCACCAUCCACGCAGACCGCUCACUCACACCCCUCUCCCCAACACCCUGCCGCCCCCAUUUUCCCAGGCGGUGCGAUUCAGCCCGGGCACACUCCCGGAGCAGGUGGCUGGGCUGUGACCUUGCUGGUCAGUGUCCCGAGGCUCCAGGACAGCCUCUGCGUCCAUGGGGAUCAAACGAAGGCCCGGCUGCGACCUGCCCUCCCCCCAGCCCCAUGGCUGGCGCCUUUCUGGGCUCGGAGCAAGGCCAGCCGGCUGGACAGCAGAUCUCUUCCUGGCCACUUUGGGUCUCCACCCCACUUUGUUCUUUCUUGUUCAAACAGGUAAAAAACAAGGAGUCCCUGAAAAUCGCAAUAAAGCCUCCGGAGAAGGAGGGAGGCCUGCCGCGGCAGGUGGGCAACAAGACCGAGUGUGCUCUGCUGGGCUUUGUCGCAGAUCUGAAGCAGGACUACCAGGCGGUGCGCAACGAGGUGCCCGAGGAGCAGCUCUACAAGGUGUACACCUUCAACUCGGUGCGCAAGUCCAUGAGCACGGUCGUCCGGAAGCCCGCCGGCGGCUUCCGCAUGUACAGCAAAGGCGCCUCGGAGAUCAUGCUGCGCAGGUGCAAUCGGAUCCUGGACAAGAAGGGGGAGGCGGUCCCGUUCAAGAACAAGGACCGCGACGACAUGGUGCGCAGCGUCAUCGAACCCAUGGCCUGCGAGGGGCUGCGCACCAUCUGCAUAGCCUACCGGGACUUCGACGACGCCGAGCCCUCCUGGGACAACGAGAGCGAGGUCCUCACCGAGCUCACCUGCAUUGCCGUCGUGGGCAUCGAGGACCCCGUGCGCCCAGAGGUCCCAGAAGCUAUCGCCAAAUGCAAGCGAGCUGGCAUCACUGUCAGAAUGGUGACCAGGGACAAUGUCAACACAGCCCGAGCCAUCGCCACCAAAUGUGGCAUCCUGACACCUGGCGAUGACUUCCUGUGCUUAGAAGGCAAAGAAUUCAACCGAUUCAUUCGCAACGAAAAGGGAGAGGUAGAACAAGAGAAGCUGGACAAGAUCUGGCCCAAGCUUCGGGUCCUGGCCCGGUCCUCGCCCACAGACAAGCACACGCUGGUGAAAGGCAUCAUUGACAGCACCGUUGGGGACCAGCGGCAGGUGGUGGCUGUCACCGGUGAUGGCACAAAUGAUGGGCCGGCCCUCAAGAAGGCAGACGUUGGUUUUGCCAUGAGGUCAGGACCAGAGCAGCGGCAUCAUUUUUGGGUUCGCGACGCUCCUCGCUCUCCUGCUGGUCAUCACGGCUUCCUGCAUCCUGUGCACCUGGAACAAACGGAAGAAGCGUCGUGUCCCCUACCUACGGGUCACUGGCAUGCCCUCACUGACUGCCUCGGCCUGGACAGUGAGCCAAAAAUAUUUAUGAUCUUUUGCCUCCAAGGCAAGAAGACCUGGGAAGAUGUCAGUCCAGGAGCAUCCGUGUCUUCAGUACCGAGAGCCUCCUCUCCAGAAACCCUGACCCCCCCGGGCACGUGCCCUCUUAAGUUGGGAAGACGAGUCUCGGCCUCCUUCCUGCCCAGCGGGAAAGCCUGAGGAGACAGGAGCCAGCGCUGGGGAUGUCAGAAAACCAGCGAGGCACGCUUGGCGAGCGCACGAUGCUAGAACCUGCGCGGACGGGUUUUAGCAGACAUGGCGAUUCGUGUGUCCACGCUGGUGCUGUUUCCUCCCCAGCCGCCGACUCGGGAAGGUUCCUACGUGGUCCAGCCUGCUGCUGGGGCCUCACGCACCCUGAGAGCCCCACCUUGGGAACCCCCCAAGGGGCCGUGUGCAUUGAUUUCAGUUACUCUCAGCAGCAGAGACGCCCAUUCAUCUCCGUGGCUGGAGUAGAAAGCGCUGGCUCAGAUGGGGACACCGCAGGCCGGGUCACGGGUGCCGGGCAGUAUUGUAGUUGGCUCCCGGUCGUGGAGGCCGGGCAGUCCCAGAUCCAGGGCCGCACCAUCACUCGGAGGAAGGCAGCACAUGGGCAGGUGAGAGAGAGAGCCAGAGCCAGAAGGCCCGAGAGAGGAGCGGGCCAGCCUCUCAUCAGAACCCACUCCUGCAGCAUCGCACGGAGCCGCGGGGGGACUCUCCACGGCCCCUCCCCCGAGGCUCCACCUCCCAGCGCUGUUUCGCUUUCCAACAUGUGAACACAGUCAAGCCCCUGGAUGGGGAUAGCAUUGAGGUCGCAAGGGCUGUGUGACAACUCACACCGAUCAUCCCGAGGGUCUGGUCAUCCGGCGCUAAAGGCACCUGCCAGGCAGGAGCCCGAGGGCAGCCGGGUGCCGAGGCACCAGGGACAGUGAAGGGACUGCUUUGAAGAUCAAGGUUAUGCUGCUUUCCUUUCUUUAAGAUGUAUUUAUUUAUUGGAAAGGCAGAGUUACAGAGAGAGAGGGCAUGGCGGAGGGCUCACUCACCCACUGGCCCACUCCCCAAAUGGCUGCCACGGCCAGGGCUGAGCCAGGCCUAAGCCAGGAGCCAGGAGCUUCAUCUGGGCGUCCCGCAUGGGUGCAGGGCCAGUCUUCUGCUGCUUUCCCAGGCACCUUAACAGGGAGCUGGAUCAGAAGUGGGCCCAUACAGGAUGCCAGCGUCGCAGGCAGCGGCUUUACCCGCUACAUCGCAAUGCCCGCCCACCCCAGGCUGAUUUUCACAGAUAAGGUCUUUGUUGAAAAAUUGGUCCCUUUGGCUUCAUGGUCACCCUGAGGAGGGGUCUGUGGUCUCUCAGCUUCUCGUACCCAGAGGUUGAGGCUCAGGGACUACACAGAAGCCUCUGCUUCCCCCUCCUCCCUCUCCUCACGUAGCUCCUGCCCCACGAUGUCCCCAGGGAGCAAGACGUGUGACGGAGACAGGGCAGCAAGCAGGAGACCCACUGCCAGCGCUCGUCCCAGGGCUUGGCUGGGCCGUGAGGGACGGUGGCAUUGACAGCACGCAGGCCCCCGCCGCGUGAAGCGCAUUGGGAACCAGUGGCCAAUCCUUAAAAAUGGAAGGCGUUUCACACAGGAAGUCCAGACCCUGAGCUUUUCCUAAAAACCCAGACAUUCUGGAAACAUCAGACCAGCACCCCUCAGGGCCUGUGUGCCAGCUGCCCCUGUACAACAAGGAGAGCAUUGCUAAGCAUUUCUAGGCACCAGGAGCUGUUCAAGUGCUCAGACUCGAUCAGCACUCAGCGGGGGAGCUGGGGUCUUUUUUUUUUUUUAAGCUGUUUUAGGAGGUUGGGAAAGGAAAACUCUAAAAGUAAAAUAAUAAAAAACAGCCCACUGUGCCAUGACAGGCACAUAAAUAGCUUCCCCCGUAGCCAGGCCGCACACUCACUUUGCCAUAGCAACCUAGGACGAGUGUUUAUAACAGCCUGUCGACCGGCUGGAAAACAGCAGCUGCCGCGGUCUGCAACCCUUCUCGGGCAGCUGCCCUGGCCUUGGCCCUGGCCUGGGGGCAGUGGGUGGGCGCUCCCUGGAAUGGUGAGGGGGUGGGGGAUGAAUGGGCGGGGCUGGCCCUCUGCUGGGGGUGGGGAUGGCAGACUUGCAGGGGCCGGGCAGUAAUAUCUGGGGAGCUGUGAGUGAGCUGUGAGUGUCGGGUUUCUAUGCUCCCUCACUUGUGUGCUGCCUCUCCUCCUUCUGAGCUCCCUGAACCUGAACGGGGCCUGGGUGUCCCUGCGAUCCUCGCGAGGCAGCCGGCUUUAACUUCCUGAAGCACUCGGGCUUCUGCCACGGUCUGUUCCGUGACCGCUUCUCCCAUGUGUUUGCCCAGACUGUUUGCCCAGUCCACUGCUGUGGGCUGCGGCUUAACCUGCGGCGCUGGCCCCCGCAGGCUGGAUCUUGCCAGGCCGUAUGGGCAGGGGCUGGCUGGCAGGCUUGCGUGUGCCCUCUGAGGGCUUGCCCUUCUCCCUGCCUCCUGCAGGCGUCUGGUCACAGCUGAUGAGCCCUGCAGCUGCUGUCACAGCGUGUCAUCGACACUGUGGGGCUGUCAGCCUCGUGUCACGUUUCCUUUUUGCUUUCUUGAUCCUCAGGUGCAGAGCGAGUCCCAUUGUGGAUUCGUAGCCAACGAGUGCCAUUGUGUGAGGCCCUUCCUUUGCCUCCUGUUUCUGUUCCCUUCUCUGCCCAUGGACAGCAGGCUAGUGUGCUACUGAUUGCAAUGCGUCCUUUAAAAUCCACGGCACUGCUUUAAAUGCAUGUGGUUUUUUUUUUGU